UGACCUGACAUGUCGUAUGAUAACAACAGCUUCGAUGUUCUUGAUGCGCGCGCUAGUUUGCUUUAGCGUCGGCUUCCGUACAUCCGGCCAGUAGUGACUAAGGUAGCUUAGCUCUACCUCGUACUAGCAAGAUGAUUUGCAGACUGUUCCUGUUUGUGAACGCUACCAACUACUCUGCCCUGCAUCCGUUGUCAAUAAUACCCUACUGUAUCAAAAGCUAUGCUGAUUAGGUAUAGUAUACGGGUAGGCAUAAAAUAGCAUGUGUUCCGGGAAGUUUAAAGGUGCAAUGGAAAAUGGAAAAUGUGGGUCAUCCUCCACACGUUCCCCGCACUUUCGGCCUUAUGCAGGGUUGAAGGAUGAAUGAUUAGCAUUCACUCUCUCUAGUGGGGGAUUGCGGGCAAUUGAACAGAUGCGACAGGAAGAUCGUUGCAGUGCUGUUUCCCAAGGAACGAUUGACUUUGACAACCUGAUCGGCGGGGUCGUCCAGUCCUGGGCAGAUGAGGGUGCGAAAGAAAGAGGGCGUAGCUGAAAAGAUUGAUGGCUAGAUCGUGUCUCGGUCGACAGGACACGGUGAAUUGGUGACUGUACAGGUCUAGACACACGCCCGCCAAGAAGAUGGAGAGGGAGGGCGCUGAUGCUAAUGCAGUCUGCGUUGGGGUCACGACGCGGACGAACAAUCAAAGCCAAGACGUCUCACGGGUGUACAGCAUCGCCCAGCUCGUGUCCAUCCCGGUGAGUGGGUCCCAAUGAUGGCAUAUGUGUCGUAUUUUCAGCCCCGACUCGGUGUGAAACCCGGCUUCCAUUUCGUACGUGUUCCCAUCAUGGACACAAAAUGCUGCAGAUGGAGGCAGUAGGUCGUCCCAAGUUGGUACGUGCCGUGACAGUCUGGCGACUUGUCUUGCCAUCAAGGUGCUCACCGUGAUGUCCCAGCUGCUCAUAUAAGUAGGCAUGAGGCAACUGUCGCCAAAGCUGUCCACAUUCUCCCCUAUUGCUCCACUUCAGCGGCACGAGGCGUGAGAUGACCACUGUGCUCAGCAGAAGCUGAUGCAACACGCCUCGCACUGGAACGCAGUCGAGAAUUGUGGCUGCGCGAGCCAAUUCAUCCUUCUACACAGUGACACCAGUCUGAAAAGAAGCCUGAAGUGUCGUGAGUCUGGGAGGUGCUUGCAGCAACGUGAUACCGGUCAAGGCACCCACAGAGAUGCCAGUCUCACCAUCAUCUGGUAGACGUGGCAGAGCUGCGACGUUCUCAAACGCCAAGAAGCUUCCGCAGCGCCGUGGACUCGAUUGGCCAGGUCCAGCGGAUGAUCAAAGAUAUGCCAGGCCCAUCCGGAAGCUUCGAGGCGGCUAGGACCAAACCGGAACCGCCACAUCCAGGAGCUAUCAAAGCUACCCUGGUCGAUCACGUCGAGCGCCGGCUACCCGUCGAAUCUCAGCCAUGACCUCCCAGGUAUGCUGGCGUAGUGAGUGGUGCUGAAGGCAUUAGGGGGCAUAUACCAUCUGUCCGAAGACGAUCCUGCGACUCUUGCCCCUCCUUCCGGGCAUUGACAGUCCAGAGAAGGAGGGGUCACGCCAUGGCACACCCGUUUCGUAAUGCUCAGCGAGAUACAAGAAGACCUUGCUGCGCACUCGAUCGAGCAUCAACAUCAUCAUCUCUUCUCCAUCACAACACAUUAUUGAGCUUCUCAGUCACGCAGAGCACCCCCCACAUCCCGCGCCUCCCAUCAUCCCCCAGUCGGAUAUACCACACUCCACAGCAAUGGCAGCACCAAUUCCCGAGACACAAUGGGCGCAGGUCGUCGAGAAGACCGGUGGGCCAGUGGUGUACAAGCAGAUUCCCGUGCAGAAGCCCGGCCCCGAUGAGAUUCUCAUCAACAUCAAAUACUCGGGCGUGUGCCACACCGACCUGCACGCUGUGAAUGGUGACUGGCCACUUCCCACCAAGCUUCCCCUCGUCGGUGGACACGAGGGUGCUGGUGUCGUGGUCGCCAUGGGAAGCCUCGUGAAUGAUUGGCAGCUUGGUGACUACGCAGGCGUCAAGUGGAUCAAUGGCUCUUGCCUGUCGUGUGACUUCUGCCAGACCUCAGACGAGCCCUUGUGCGCGAAAGCUCUUCUCUCUGGAUAUACGGUCGAUGGCUCGUUCCAGCAAUACGCCAUCGCCAAGGCAGCACACGCAGCCCGCAUUCCCAAGGACUGUGCACUCGAUGCCAUUGCCCCUGUGCUCUGUGCCGGAAUUACUGUGUACAAGGGUCUGAAGGAGUCUGGGGCCAGGCCCGGUCAGACGGUCGCGAUUGUCGGUGCGGGUGGUGGUCUCGGCUCGCUUGCCCAGCAGUACGCCCGCGCGAUGGGUCUCAAGGUCAUUGCCAUUGACAGUGGCGAAGAGAAGAAGAAGAUGUGCUUGGAGCAGCUCGGCUCAUACGCCUUUGUUGACUUUGCCACGAGCCAAAACCUGGUCAAGGACGUCCAGGCUGCCACCGAGGAUGGGCUGGGUCCGCACGCUGUGAUUCUUGUGGCUGUCAAUGAGAAGCCAUUCCAGCAAGCGGCCGAAUACGUUCGUCCUCGCGGAACUGUCAUCUGCAUCGGUCUGCCGGCGGGGGCAUAUCUGCGCGCACCCGUGUUCGAGUCUGUCAUCAAGAUGAUUACGAUCCGCGGCUCCUAUGUCGGUAACCGCAAGGACAGCUCGGAAGCCAUCGAGUUCUUCCGCCGCGGUGUCAUCAAGGCUCCUUUCAAGACGGUUGGUCUGUCGGAGCUCCAGAGCGUGUACGACAUGAUGCACAAGGGACAAAUCGCUGGUCGAUACGUCGUGGACACGUCGAAGUAGCAAUGGAGAUGUCCCAUCCCAUUCAAGACCUGUACAUAUGUAGUUUGCAGUAUGGAAAUUUUGUCGAAUCCCUUCGUUUGACUCUGUGGUCGUGUGCUCACUAUCCUGUCGCCAUCCGUGGUGAGUGAAAG